GCAGAAGGAUGCAAAGAACUGCUACCAAACGCAAGGCAGCAGAGCAAGACGUAGACUCCCAAAUGAUUAAUGAAGCUCUAAAGAUCAUACAGUCAUCGGCUAAUUCUUCGAAUGACCCGUACUUCACCUACGCCUUAAACUUGGCAAAUGAACUGCGAAAAUAUGAUCCAACCACACUGGCGCACGUCAAAAGAGCCUUCGCAAAUAUUUUAUUUGAUGCAGAUAUGGGAGUAUACUCUACUCCUUCACCAUACAGCAGUGGCACUACCUUUCGAACACCCACCCCAUACACGUCGCCUACUGAGUCGUCUUCUACUUCACAUGACUCUUCGAGGGAUUUACCCCCUUUAAUAUCAAAUACUUUCCCCACGUCAUCAGACAUAUCAGAACAUAACGUUCCAGCAACCACUAUUGAAUCCAUAUUAUUGAACAUUUGAAUGUUUUUUUGAGUACCUAUGUAAAAACUAUGCACUUUUAAAUACUUUUUCUGUUAUAAAUAAAAGCAUAUAAAAC